ACCGUAGAUGUCAAAGGCUGAAGCAGCUCCCUUUGCCACAUUAUAACUAGUAGGGGAUCCUCAUCCACCAUGGCCACAGCUGCCUCGAAUCCCUACAGCAUUCUCAGUUCCAGCUCCCUGGUCCAUGCGGACUCUGCGGGCAUGCAGCAGGGGAGUCCUUUCCGCAACCCUCAGAAACUUCUCCAAAGUGAUUACUUGCAGGGAGUUCCCAGCAAUGGGCAUCCCCUCGGGCAUCACUGGGUGACCAGUCUGAGCGACGGGGGUCCGUGGUCCUCCACACUGGCCGCUAGCCCCCUGGACCAGCAGGACGUGAAGCCCGGGCGCGAAGACCUGCAGCUGGGUGCGAUCAUCCAUCACCGCUCUCCACACGUAGCCCACCACUCGCCUCACGCUAACCAUCCGAAUGCCUGGGGGGCGAGCCCGGCUCCAAACCCGUCCAUCACAUCAAGCGGUCAACCUCUCAACGUGUACUCGCAACCGGGUUUCACCGUGAGCGGCAUGUUGGAGCACGGCGCACUCACCCCGCCGCCGCCAGCCGCAUCUACACAGAGCCUGCACCCGGUGCUCCGGGAGCCUCCGGACCACAGCGAAUUGGGCUCCCACCACUGCCAGGACCACUCCGACGAGGAGACUCCAACAUCGGAUGAGUUGGAACAGUUCGCUAAACAAUUCAAACAAAGAAGAAUCAAGUUGGGCUUCACGCAAGCCGACGUGGGGCUGGCGCUGGGCACACUGUACGGCAACGUGUUUUCGCAGACCACCAUCUGCAGGUUUGAGGCCUUGCAAUUAAGCUUCAAGAAUAUGUGCAAGCUGAAGCCUCUGCUAAACAAGUGGCUGGAGGAGGCAGAUUCGUCCACUGGGAGUCCGACCAGCAUUGACAAGAUCGCCGCUCAGGGCCGCAAGCGCAAGAAGCGAACCUCUAUCGAGGUGAGUGUCAAGGGCGUGCUGGAGACCCAUUUCCUCAAGUGUCCCAAGCCUGCCGCGCAGGAGAUCUCCUCGCUGGCAGACAGCCUCCAGUUGGAGAAAGAAGUGGUGCGUGUCUGGUUCUGUAAUCGAAGACAAAAAGAGAAAAGAAUGACUCCACCAGGGGAUCAGCAGCCGCACGAGGUUUAUUCGCACACCGUGAAAACAGACACGUCCUGCCACGAUCUCUGACUGGAGGAAGUG